AUGUGUUCUGGGAAUUUUGCAAAGUGUCUAGGUAUCACCCUCAUUCCGCUAGCUAUUCUUUGCUUCCUCUGCAACAUCUUGCUGCUCUUCCCUGGAGGUAUACCUGCUAAUAACAAUGAAAACAUUACAGAUGAGGCCUGGUACUUCGGAGGAAUAAUAGGCUCUGGAAUAUUGAUGAUUUUCCCGGCGCUGGUAUUCAUGGGAAUGAAAACCAACGACUGCUGUGGCUGCUGUGGCAAUGAGAGCUGUGGGAAAAGAUUUGCGAUGUUUUUCUCCAUUAUAUUUGCUGGAGUCGGCCUUUUGGGAGCUGGUUAUUCUUUCAUCGUGUCAGCAGUUGCCAUAAAUCGGGGGCCUAAAUGUUCAACAAAUGGCACUGACACAUAUACAUACCCAUUCAAUGAGGGUGACUACCUGUCCAACCAAACAAUGUGGGAGGCGUGCAAGGCACCUCCAGGCAUCGUGCCCUGGCACCUAACACUCUUCUCCAUGCUGUUGAUUAUGGGCAUGGUUCAAAUGGCUCUGUGUGCAUUUCAGGUCAUCAACGGCCUGAUCGGCACUAUCUGCGGAGACUGCUGCGGAUGUUGCGGGGGCUCUUGAACUGAAUGACUCCAGAAAAGUGAUGAAACAUACCAUGAAGAUAAAUAAUGUUUAAGGUGUUUUGGCCUACAUUUUCCAGAUCUUGUUUUUUUUUUAAAUUAUUUAUGCCAUUGAGACAUUUUUGUAUAGGUUUACAUUGUACACUAUGCCUCUUUUGCUUGAUGGCGCUGCUUAUGAAGGCAAAAGAGAAAUGUAAUAUUCAUAUGAAAUGUUUAAAGAUCAUUAUCACUCACAUUUUAACAUGUGUGUUUUUUUGGGUUUUUGGGGGUUUUUUUUAAAGGUUGCUUUAUAUUUUUGCAAAAUGUGGACAGCAAAAAGUUAUAAUAGGAAUCACGUUUUACACACAGAGAAUCCCUGGGGAUAAUGUGUGGUCACAGGUGUACGUUCACCGAGGAUUUUAAAAUGAAUUGUACAACCUAACCUUUAUAUCAACAACCUUGUGAACUUUUACUGUAAUUAGUGACACAAGACUGUACUACAGAAUGUGAGAAUUAUAUAUACAGUAUAUACAGCACUGUGCAAAAGUUUUAGGCACAUGCAAAGAAAUGCUGUAGAGCAAAGAUGCCUUCAAAUAAUGAAAUUAAAUGUUUCUAUAAAAAAGAAAAUAUACUGUAAAGAGCAGUAAACAGUAGUAAAUGAAACAAAGUCAAUAUUUGGUGUGACAAAAAAUAAAUAAAUUAGUAGUCUCCAGUUCAAUUAGUGCAGUUUUAUAAGGAAAUGAGCUGUAAGUUUUAUUGAGCAUCUUGCAGAACCAGACACAGUUGUUCUGGAGAUUUAGACUUAUUUUUGCAGCAAAACCCAGCAGCCUUCAUUGUGAUUUUUGUGUCUCUUACGUAAUACGCUGCACUGUAAAACCGGAUAAGUUCAUUUAACUCAAAAAAUUUGAGGAAACUAAUUACCUCAAAAAUUUUAAGUUGAUGAAUCAAUUUCUUUAAGCCAAAUACACUUAAAUAUAACAAGUUUGAGUUAAAUUUUUGUUAUAUUUAAGUGAAAUUGAUUCAUGGUGGUUCAGUGGUUAGCACGUUCGCCUCACACCUCCGGGGUCCGGGGUUUGAUUCCCGCUGGGGCCGUGUGUGUGCGGAGUUUGCAUGUUCUCCCCAUGCUGUGGGGGUUUCCUCUGGGUACUCUGGUUUCCUCCCCCAGUCCAAAGACAUGCAUGGUAGGCUGACUGGUGUGUGUAAAGUGUCUGUAGUGUAUGAAUGGGUGUGUGAGUGUGUAUGUGAUUGUGCCCUGUGAUGGACUGGCACCCUGUCCAGGGUGUACACCUGGGAUAGGCUCCAGGUUCCCCUGUGACCCUGAAGAAGGACUAAGUGGUAGAAGAUGGAUGGAUGAACUUAUCCAGUUUUACAGUGUGCUUUCUUUAAUCUAAAAUGUUUUUGUACUGACUUGAUAAUGUAGAAGUCAUAAAAUAAAAAAUCUAUAACAAAGUUUGUACUAAAAAAUAGGGUGCCUAAAACUUUUGUACAGUACUGUAUAUGUUGGAAAGCUUGAUACCAAAUGUAUUCUUAAAUAAUAAAAUGAUCAAUGUUAA